AUGAGCAGCUCUCCAAGGGACACCCAGGGCCCAAAUCACCCGCAGUGCCUCCUGCCCUCUGUCACCCACGUCCCACCUGCCAAGAAGAUAACCUUCCUCAAGCGCGGGGAUGCGCGGUUCGCAGGAGUUCGCCUGGCCGUGCACCAGCGCAGCUUCAAGACCUUCAGUGCCCUGAUGGACGAGCUCUCCCAGCGCGUGCCUCUCUCCUUUGGGGUGCGCUCCGUCACCACACCCCGGGGCCUGCAUGGCCUCAGUGCCCUGGAGCAGCUACAAGAUGGGGGCUGCUACCUUUGCUCAGAUAGAAAGCCCCCCAAGACCCCCAGUGGGCCGGGCCAGCUGCGGGGGAGGAGCCCCUCUGCUCUUCAGUCCCAGGACUUGGAUGGCGGGCGGGAGGUGCCAGGAGCAUCCUCUUCCUGGAAAGGACCUAGAGCCCCAAGGAGGAUAACGCUGGUUAAGAACAGGGACCCCAGGUUCCAGGAGACGGUGGUUCUCAGCCACAGGAACACCAGGAGCCUGGUGGCCUUUCUCAGCAAAGCCUCGGAUCUCCUGCGCUUCCCCGUGAGGCAGAUAUACACCACCAGUGGGAAGAAGGUGGACUCCCUGCAGGCCCUGCUGCGCAGCCCCUCCACGCUGGUGUGUGCUGGGAACGAGGCCUUCAGACCUCCAGCUCUGGAAAGCGCCCAGAAAAACAAGACUGAGACUUUAUCUGGGAUGACUUCAAGGAACAAACACAGUUGCUGGGGGCCCAAGGCCAAGCAGAGCGUGAUCCAUUUGAGGUCCACGGCCAGCAGCAGACCGUCACAGUUCUCCUUGUCUGGUCUCAGAGACCCCUCAGCAUCCUUGCAUGGUGCCCCCGACAGGCACCCUCAGGACACGUCUGGCCCGCUGCUGGCUGGUGACAACGUGGAGAAGAAGGUCUGCAUGAACGAGGAUGGCAGCCUGUCUGUGGAGAUGAAGGUCCGCCUGCACCUCCUGGGCGAGGAGACGCUGCUGUGGUCCCACAGGGCGGGAAGGGCCAGCACCCUCACGGCAGCCAGCGGGGAGGGCCCCGUCCUGGGGGAGGGGAGCCCCCUCUGCUGCCGAUGGGGGGGCCACCCGUGGGGCUUCUCAAAGUCAGGGGCACAGAGACCGGGUCCCUGCGAGGCAGGACAUCAGGGAGCGUUUGAUGGAGGCCAGCAGCCACGGCCGAGCUUCGAGAUCUGGAGGAACCCCCUGUAUGUCCCCCAGGGUGAAGGGUCGGCUCCUUGGAGGAGGUCAGGGCCGGCCCAGCUCUCUCAGUGCAGGGGCCGCUGGAGUAGAGGGGCCAGGAACAGGGAAAGACAAAGCAGGGACAGCGUCAGCCCUUCCUCUAGUGCCGGACAUGCGGAAGGCUCCGAGCCAGACUCCUGCAGCCCCAGGACCCCCGAGGGUGACGUGGGCAGUGACAGCCCAUGUCCAGCCUCCACAGCUGCUUCCCAGUGUGGGGAUGAGAGGGAGGCUGGUGAGGGCUCCUGCCCAGGGGAAGCAGAGCUGGGUGGCCAAGGACAACAUGGCUGCUCGGGACCAGGGAUCCCAGGUGCAAAGGGAGCCCUUUCUGACUCCUUGGCCAGUACCGGGCCUCAUGAGGAGUCCAGCAAGUGGGAUGGCCAGCAUGAGGGCUGCCUGAGCCCAGUGAGGGUCAGGACUUCCCGGGAGAAGGGCUCCCAGGGCAGUAGCACUGAUGCUCCCACCAGGAGUCUCACACCUCUGAGCGACGGGGACUCGCAAGCAGAGCAGUGUGAACAGGGCACCACACACCAGCAGGCCACGGAGGGACCCGUGACGGGGCCACCGCUGGCUCUAGGCCGUUCCCACUCUUGGGAUGCAGAGGGAGGCUGUCCCUGGCUUCUCGCUCACGCCCCUGCCCAGCUGGGGAGGAGGAAGCGGCAGAGCCCGUCUAGCGCAGUGUCCUCACCUGGUACUGCCGGCGUGGUCCAGAGAGGCCGUGCCAGGCCGUGUCACCACUGCAGGGACACCCACUGCCUGCCAGACUCCCCCACAGCCUUACAGAUGCCCAGGGCUGGCCCAGGUGGUCCAGGGCCACCGCUUUCUCAGAACUCAUCCAGCACCAGAAAACAGGCCUCCAGGGACCUAGGACCAUCCGUCCCUGGCUCUCUGGAUUCCCAGGACCUACCAGAGGCCAGCAGUGCCAGCACCACACUCCUGAGUAACUCAGACUGUGCUGCAGAACUGGCGGGGGACACCGAGGGCAAGGUGUGCUCCCCAGAGCCCCUGCAAGGGGGUGGCAGUCUGGGGGACCAGGCAGAGGACACCCUAGAGCCCUCCUUGCCAUUGGCUCUGCCAGUUGGAUGUCCCGAGGGAGAAGAGCCAGGAGCCCACAAAAGCUGCUGCUGCCCACAGACUGGGUCCUCCCCUGUCCAGGGGAGCCCCAGUGAGCAAGCGAAGGCUGCCUGGGGGCCCUUCUCUGAAGCCUGCUGGGUGUGCAGUCGCUACUGCCCCACUCCUCCCAGGGGCCGGCCCUGCGCCAGGAAGCACCCAACAAGUAGCAGUAGCACCAGCAGUGACCACCAAAGGGCUGACGGGGGGCCAAGCAGGAGCAGGCUGGGGGAUGAAAAACUCCAGGUGGAGAGGGGGCUGUCCCCUGGCCCUGAGUCAGGGACCAUGGGGGCAAGAGUCAUGGUGGCAGGCAGGACCAGCCCUGGUUCUGGGCCCAAGAGUGUAUUGCUGGGGACCAGCUCUGGCAAUGGGGGUGGCCUUGAGGAGCCUCGGGAAGAUGGCACCAUGACGCCCAAUGAUCUGCCCCACUCCUCACCGGAUGCCAUGGUCCGCGAAUGGCUGGACAACAUCCCAGAAGAGCCCCUGCACAUGAGGCAUGAGAUGGUGGCCGAGGCCACAGGUGUGGUCAGCAACAUCCCAGAAGGCCCCCGGGAGGACCCUGAAGGGGAUCACUCUUUGAGCAGCACUGAGGAACAGGCUCAGGCUGGACGGCAGGCCCUGGAAGGGGGUACCCAUGAGCCAGACAGAACCCCUCCAGGAACCAGUGACGCGGGCUCCAAGCCAGGAGACGGUUCUCAUCAAGGUACAGCUCCGGGCCAGGCAUCCAAGGCUGUGUCGGAGGCUGGAGUGGGAGAAGGGGCUACUGUGGGCCAUGGCAUGAGCCCGUGUGUCCUUCCGGGCAGAGAUUCUGCCUCCAUGCAGAUCAUGAAGGCCCUGAUGGGCUCCAAGCACGGCCGACCCAGCAGCCUGCCAGAGGUGUCCAGUGCUGAGGCCAGGCGGCUCCGCCGCUUGGCAGGUGACCUCAUUGCCUGCCUCGCCCGGCUCCACUUCUUUGAUGAGGAUCUUGGGUCUCCUGCUGGCAAAGUGAGACCCACACACUCAGCGCGCUACCAGGAGCUGCUGAACAUCUCCCAGACCCUGUGGCCAGGGUGUGGCCUUGGACGAGGCAUGCUGGACUUGAGUCUUGGGGACCUCACUUCACUACAGGCCCCGCAGGUGACGGACAACUUCACGCCCACCUCUUCCUCGGGUGUGGACGUCAGCAGUGGCUCCGGAGGCUCCGGGGAGGGUAGCGUGCCUUGUGCCACGGAUGGUGCCCUGGUCCCCGAGAGGACGGAGCUGCCCCUGGAAAUCUCCCGGAGGCCUGAUUCCAGAACUUCGGGGCACCUGGAGGACCUGGGCACCCCGCAGCAAAGUGGUCUCCCAGCUUCUCCCAGCUCCCAGGUGUGCGCUUGUGCCACCAGCGGGGAAGAAGGAGGCGGCCUCGGGGAGCAGAUGCUGGGCGAUGGCCUGGAGCAAUCAGACAACAACCCCGAAGGGUUUGUUGGAAACACGCUGCAGGAAGCGGAGGCGCAAUCAGAAGAAACAGAAGAGACAGAAAGCCCCCCAGAAGAGGGCGUCGAGGAGGCGGGGCUCCUAGAAGAAGCCGGAGUCAGCGGGGAGGAGUCACCAGGUGGGGAAGGCACACUGGGAGACCCGGGGGUGCCGGAAGAGGAAGCAGGAGGAGACUCUGCUUCUGCAGGGCUGUGUCCCCCAGGAAGCGCAGAGGAAUCCGCAGAAUGCCCUCCUCGUCCUCUCAGUGAGAGGGACUCCAAUGCCAGUGAGCGUCAAACUGGCCCCACAUCAAAGUCCAGCUUGGAAGAGCUGUCCAGAGCAGAUGUGCUGGGCUGUGAGCAAGCCCCGGCCAGGUUCACCCCAGGGACUGGGGAGUCCAGUGCAUCUGCGGCCCACAGAGUGUUUCUGGAGCCUGACCCCACCUGGGUGUCCAAGUUGCUGAGGAAGAUAGAGAAGGCCUUCAUGAAGCACUUGGCUAUUGCCACUGCUGAGCUCCGCGCCCGCUGGGACUUGCAGGACAACCCUCUGCUGGACCAGAUGGUGGCCGAGCUAGAGCAGGACAUAGGCCUCCGGCUCCAAGAAAGCACUGACAAAGAGCUCCAGAAGAUAGAGAGCCGGACUGGGAGGAUGGCCCUGGGGCCACCCAGGGAGGUCCUCAGGGGACAAGCGUCCCUGCAAACAGAGCAGCGCCGGCGUCGCCUCCAGGGUCUGCACAACCUCUUGGCCUUUUCUGAGCAGACCUAUGCCCGGGCCCUCCACUCCUUCACCCUGGAGGACCGGCCCACCCUCCACGAAGCCCUAGGGGACCUGCCACGUGGGGAGACUGAGGAAGACGAGUUCUGUCCCUGUGAGGCCUGCAUUAGGAAGAAAGUGUCCCCUGUGCCUCCAAAGGACACCCCAGGGGCCUCCAGUGCACCUAUCAAAAAGGCCUUCGACCUACGGCAAAUUCUGCAAAAUCUUCAGAAGAAGAAAGAAGGGGGUACGGAUGGAGAGGCGGAGGAGAGGGCCCCCGAGGAGACAGGGACAGAGCUGCCUCGGGACAUCCCCGCAAGAGCCGGGUCUGUCCAGGGAGCUGAUGGGAGUCAGGACCUGGGACCCACGGUGGGCAAGGAGAGUGAGGGUGAGGGGAGCCAGCGGCGCAGCAGAGACGAAGACGCUGAGCUAGAGGAGGCCGAGGAGGCUGGUUACCAGGAGAAGGUGGGGGACGCAGAGGCCGGGAGAGCCCACAGCCGCCAUGGCAGCACUGCGGAGGAGGCUGAGCAGCCGGAGCAGGCUGUGACUGAGAAGGAAGGAGCCAUGUGUGAGCACUCUGGGGAGGGGGACACCUCGGAGGCUGCAGGAGGACCUGGUGACGGUGUCGAUGCCACAGAGGCCCAGGAAGCUGGAGGAGGCAGGCGGCUGGAGUCCGCGGGAGGAAGUCAAGGUGAGGAAGAAGGUGGCCCUCUAGCUAGCCCGGGACAGGGACAGAGAAGGGAGGCUUCUGAAAACAGCAUCACAGACCAAGAGGUGACCCCACCAUCACCUGCCCCAAGUGAGGACACCCCUCACCCGGGGCCAGACCCCCAAACCCAUGACUGCUCCUCCAGAACCUUCACCCUGGGCAACUGCUCCCUGGUCUCCCAGAAAGGCUCAGAGGAAGUUCAGGCAGGCGGAGACCCCGGGGACACUGGGGCCGAGUCAGAGCCACCUGCAGAGGAAAAAGUCACCUCCAUGUAUCCGGAGAGUUCCACUUCUGAGCAUGAGGAGCCCCCUUCAGACCCAGAGACUCUAGAGCAGGGGUCAGGCAGAGACUGUGGCGAAGGCAAUGAGGAGAAGGCCCCCCAAAGCUCCCCGAGUGCCCCCGCGGGGGCGGGGCCCGGGACAGAUGGCUUCCACCAAGAAGACCUGGACUUCUAG